GCCCCGGGAUAGGUACUGCGGCCCCGGGAGCGUCAUGGCUUUCAACUUCGGGGCUCCCGCGGGCGGCACGGCCUCAGCUGCCACCCCCGCUGCCCCCGCGGGUACCUUUGGAGGAUUUGGAACCACCACCACCACCACCACAGCAGGUUCUGCAUUCAGCUUUUCUGCUCCCACUAACACAGGCACAAGUGGACUCUUUGGUGCUACCCAGAACAAAGGUUUUGGAUUUGGUACUGGCUUUGGCACAACUGCAGGAACCAGUACUGGUUUGGGAACCGGGCUAGGAUUUGGAACAUUCAAUACCCAGCAGCCUCAGAAUACUUUAGGGGGUCUCUUUAGUCAGCCCACCCAAGCUCCUGUCCAGUCUAACCAGCUGAUUAAUACAGCAAGUGCUCUUUCUGCCCCAACACUACUGGGAGAUGAGAGAGAUGCAAUUUUGGCAAAAUGGAAUCAGCUCCAAGCCUUCUGGGGAACAGGCAAAGGAUAUUUCAACAAUAAUAUUCCACCUGUGGACUUCACCCAGGAAAAUCCCUUCUGUAGGUUUAAGGCGGUGGGUUAUAGCUGCAUGCCCAACAAUAAGGAUGAAGAUGGCCUGGUGGUUUUAAUUUUCAAUAGGAAGGAAACAGACAUCCGAAGCCAACAACAACAACUAAUAGAAUCAGUCCACAAAAUUUUGGGAGGAAACCAGACCCUUUCUGUCAAUGUAGAAGGUGUUAAAACAUUGCCAGAUGACCAGACAGAAGUUGUCAUCUAUGUUGUUGAACGUUCUCCAAAUGGCACAUCAAGGCGAGUUACAGCUACAGCACUCUAUACCCAUUUUGAACAAGCAAAUAUAAAAACUUCAUUGCAGCAACUUGGAGUUACCCUUUCUAUGACUAGAACAGAGCUCUCACCUGCCCAGAUCAAGCAGCUUUUACAGAAUCCUCCUGCUGGUGUUGAUCCAAUUAUCUGGGAACAAGCCAAAGUGGAUAACCCUGACCCUGAAAAGCUAAUUCCUGUGCCAAUGGUGGGUUUCAAAGAACUUCUCCGAAGACUGAAGGUCCAAGAUCAGAUGACCAAACAGCAUCAGACCAGAUUAGAUAUUAUAUCUGAAGACAUCAGUGAGUUACAAAAGAAUCAGACCACCACUCUGGCUAAAAUAGCACAAUACAAGAGGAAACUCAUGGAGCUUUCCCACAGGACCUUGCAGGUCCUGAUUAAGCAGGAAAUUCAGAGGAAGAGUGGCUAUGCCAUCCAGGCUGAUGAAGAGCAGCUAAGAGUGCAGCUUGAUACAAUCCAGUGUGAAUUAAAUGCACCUACACAGUUUAAGGGUCGCCUGAAUGAGCUGAUGUCCCAGAUUAGAAUGCAGAAUCACUUUGGAGCUGUGAAAUCUGAAGAAAGAUACUAUGUGGAUGCUGAUCUUCUACGAGAAAUCAAGCAGCAUUUGAAACAACAACAAGAAGGCCUUAGCCACCUGAUCAGCAUCAUAAAAGAUGAUCUGGAAGAUAUCAAAUUAAUAGAACAUGGCUUGAAUGAGAACGUCCACAUUCGAGGAGGUGUCUUCAGUUGACAGUGCACAGCCGUCUGUUAGGGGCUUUGGAAUGUGUACCAUCCAGCACUGUUUCAGAUCUCCCUUCAGACUGAAACCGACUAUAUUAAAAACACCCUACUCUAGCUUGGUUUCUGAGAAAGUUAUUACAGAUUAUUGUUUAUAAAUUUUGAAAUAGCAUAGCUAUCUCACAGCUUUUUAGACUUGACCUUUGAAAGGUUAGUACCUAAAAGCUGUAUUUACUUUAAAAUGAAGAAAGGUUCCUAAUCACCAGUAUAAUAUGUACUAUUGUACAUUUUUACAACAGCAUUGUUGAAAAAUCAGUGUUUAAAGAUGAUUCUCCAUUGAGCCUUUACUAUGCUUUUCCACAGCCAAUAAAAACAUGAGAACAAGUGUACUUUGCAAUAAAAAAUAACUGGAAGGAUAACCAGGCUGUUGCAAAUCUGUAUGUUAUAGUGUAAAUGUAUGUCAGUUUUUCUAUUUGUGUAUGCCACUUUUGGAAGAGAGAAGAGAAAUUUUAGGAGUCCUUAGUGAUUGAUUAGGUUUUCUUUUGGGGACUACAAGGGUUUGAAAGAUAUUUUUAUAUGGUUUUACUUAUUUGCAAAAUGAGCCCAAACCCUUAGGAAAUAACAAAAAAAGUACUUGUCUAUUUUACAACAUUGUCCUCUAUUUUUUUUUUCAUUUUAUUUCUGUAAAAGAUGGAAACUUCUUAUAAAUAAAUUCUUGCUUUGUGAUAACUUUUA